AUGGCGACGGAAAAGACGAAGCACGAAGGGAGAGUGAAAAUUGGACAUUAUUUUCUCGGGGACACGCUCGGAGUGGGGACGUUUGGAAAGGUUAAAGUGGGCCAACAUGAGCUGACCAAACACCAAGUGGCAGUGAAGAUCUUGAACAGGCAAAAGAUCCGCAGUUUGGAUGUGGUGGGCAAGAUUCGCAGAGAGAUCCAGAACCUGAAGCUUUUUAGGCACCCUCACAUAAUUAAAUUGUAUCAGGUUAUUAGUACCCCUACAGAUAUCUUCAUGGUGAUGGAGUAUGUGUCAGGAGGAGAGCUAUUUGACUACAUCUGCAAGAAUGGAAAGUUGGAUGAGAAGGAGAGUCGCCGGCUGUUCCAGCAGAUUAUUUCAGCAGUAGACUAUUGCCACAGGCACAUGGUGGUACAUCGAGACCUCAAACCAGAAAAUGUUCUGCUGGAUGCACAGAUGAAUGCCAAGAUAGCAGAUUUUGGUUUAUCAAACAUGAUGUCAGAUGGUGAGUUCUUGAGAACAAGUUGUGGUUCACCAAACUAUGCUGCUCCAGAGGUCAUUUCGGGGAGGCUAUAUGCUGGACCAGAGGUGGAUAUUUGGAGCAGUGGGGUCAUUCUCUAUGCCUUGCUAUGUGGAACGCUUCCCUUUGAUGAUGACCAUGUUCCAUCACUGUUUAAGAAGAUCUGUGAUGGAAUCUUUUUCACCCCUCAUUAUCUGAACCCUGCAGUAAUAAGUCUUCUUAAGCACAUGCUGCAGGUGGACCCCAUGAAACGAGCAACCAUCAAAGAGAUCCGAGAGGAUGAGUGGUUCAAACAGGACCUACCCAAGUACUUAUUCCCGGAGGACCCCUCCUACAGUAACAAUAUGAUUGAUGAUGAAGCUUUGAAAGAAGUUUGUGAAAAGUUUGAAUGUACAGAAGAGGAGGUUUUGACCUGCCUGUAUAAUCGCAACCACCAGGAUCCAUUGGCUGUUGCCUACCAUCUCAUAAUUGACAAUCGUCGAAUCAUGAGUGAAGCCAAGGACUUUUACCUUGCAUCCAGCCCCCCUGACUCUUUUCUGGAUGACCAACACUUGACCUCUUCUGGGGCAGCCAUUCUUAAGCCCCAUCCUGAACGGGUACCCUUCCUCGUGGCAGAGACCCCUCCCAGACCUCGUCACACUCUGGAUGAACUAAACCCACAGAAGUCCAAGCACCAGGGUGUUAGAAGGGCCAAAUGGCACCUGGGUAUCCGAAGUCAGAGUCGACCUAAUGAUAUAAUGUCUGAAGUUUGUCGUGCCAUGAAACAGCUGGACUAUGAGUGGAAGGUUGUGAAUCCAUAUUAUUUGCGUGUGAAAAGGAAGAACCCUGUUACUGGGAUGCAAACCAAAAUGAGCCUUCAGCUUUACCAGGUGGACAGCAGAACCUACCUCCUUGACUUCCGUAGCAUAGAUGAUGAUAUGUUGGAGACAAAGUCUGGAAGUGCUACCCCUCUGCGCUCUGGGUCCGUGGGGAACUACCGUACCACUAUUAAGAACGAGGUUGAUGGGGCAGACAUUCCAACCACGUCAAGCACUGUGCACCCCACCAAGACCCCAGAGGGCUCGUUAGCUUCAUCGUUGACUUCAUCCAUCGACUCGACAGGAGGGUACGACUACGCAUCAUCCCCUCGGCCAGGAAGCCACACGAUCGAGUUCUUUGAGAUGUGUGCAAAUCUUAUUAAACUACUUGCACGAUAACUUGGAAAACAAUCGCAAGCAUUUUUCUUUUCUUUUUUCUUUUCUUUUCUUUUUCUUUCUCCCGUCUUUCUUUCUAGCAAUAAGCAUGCAACCGAGUCAUGGUUCGAGUCGUUUUGGCUGGGGGUGCAGUGAUUGUUUCGUGGACUGACAGGUUCCUGAAGCUAAAGGGCUGUAUACUGAGCAAGCAGGAGAUGAAAAGGGAAAGAUCGAUGAUGAGCUACUUAACGGUUACAGCAGUGGAACACUUAGGAGAAGGUUUCACAGUUUAUGGAUCAAUUUAACAACAACAUCCCUCUUAUACAUGAACACAAAUGAUCACAUUUGAUUUUCUGUGCGGUAGCCAGCGAGGACGCAUAAGAUGGUAUUCAGGAGGCAGUCCUGUAAGAUCCAGGGAGCACUUUUGCACAAGAUUAUUUUAUUUCCAACAGCUUUUGUUUUUCUCACAGUAGGAAACAGAAAUGGUGGAAAUGUAUCAUGGGCUCUGCACUGGCUGCAAUGACUGUGCCCAUAACAGUCACUGGACUGAAGAAGUGCAUUGAACCCUGUGUUGGUGUUGUAAAUGAGGCUUCGUUAUUUGUUUUCUGAGUUAAGACAAUUUUUUCAUGGUUUUGUCCAUGUUGUAAAGGUUAGUUUCUGUCCUCUACAUUUUAUAUAUCUAUAUAAAGAGUAGAAUAUAUUUAUCAGUGCAUUAAGUGGACAGAUUGUACUGAAAAAAAUGAAGUUUUUGUUUUGUUUUUCUUAAGAUCUGUUGCUGGAUGUAUACAUUACCUUUUUUCAAUUUUUUUUAUUUUUUUUUACUGUUUGGUUUUUUUAAUCAAUAUCAUGUUUAUUUCUUUCAAUCAUGCUUAUACUUGACUCUUUCAAGAUAAAAAUGUAUAGCUUGGGUUUGCCAUGACACUUACUUAAAUCUAGAAGUAUCACUUUAAAUGUCACAUAUUAAAAUGACGUUUUUU